AUGUCUAGCUUAAAGACGGGCACAGGGUACCGAAGAAACAAAGAGUACGAUUAUGAAGAUCUAGAAGCAGAAGCUAGUGUCGUGGACAACGUGCAUGACGAAGUGGCUGAUGGUGCUAUUAAUGAGACAGUGACUGAGACAACACUUGUUAGUGAACCCAAACAAAUAAAUAAGACAAAAGAACAGGUGGAGAGGUCUCAAACUCAAAACAAUCAGAAUAGGCUAAAGGAAACGCCUGAGCAGUAUCUAAAAAGAAGGUAUAACUCACAAGUGAUGCAGAUCCAGCGGGAUGUGGACUGGUUGGCAAAGAAGGUUGACUUAACACCAAAACAGGCAGCAGAGUACAGGGAAAAACGGGAAUUUUUAGAGUCUGUCAGUUCCACUGCAGAUGAAGGCACUCAAUAUAUACUUCCGUCUGAGUACAAGACGGCAGAAGGUCAUAUUGACCGUAAACGAAAGCAGGAAUUGCUUCGACCAACACAAGAAGAGCAACCAGAGGAGAAACGACUGAGAUUCGACAAUCAAUGGGAAUUAGACCAGCUUAAAAAGGCGCAAGAGAUUGUGGCAUCGAAUCCUGAUAAGAUUGAGUUAGCAGACAAGGGGCACUACGAGUUUGUAUUUGAUGAGUCGCAAUUCGUUGAUUUUGAUGACUCUGCUGAUGUUACUGGAGACAAUGAAGUGGAAGCCGAAGAGUUUCCUAGUCUGAAGCCCACAAUCAGUCGUGAAAUUCAAGAAGUAAGAAAAUCGCUUCCCGUAUACAAGUUGCGAGGCGAUUUCCUCGAAGCUAUAGACAAGAACCAAGUUCUCAUAGUGGUGGGUGAAACAGGUUCUGGUAAGACUACCCAAUUACCCCAGUAUCUUUAUGAAGCGGGGUAUACGAAAGCAUCAGGAGGCAAAAUCCAAAAAGUGGGAUGCACCCAGCCCAGAAGAGUGGCUGCUACUUCUGUUUCUUCUAGAGUUGCUGAUGAAGUUGGAUGUCGAUUAGGUGACGAGGUGGGAUACUCAGUUCGAUUUGAAAAUGUGCUGAGCAGCAAAACACAAAUCAAAUAUUUGACUGAUGGAAUGCUUCUUCGAGAGUUUCUCUCAGAUCCACUUCUCACUGGUUAUAGUGCGUUGAUGAUUGAUGAAGCGCACGAACGUACAGUUUCCACAGAAAUUGUACUUACGUUGUUGAAGGAUAUCAUCAAGGAGAGACUGGAUCUUCGAAUCAUUGUCGCUUCUGCCACUAUUAAUGCCGAAAAAUUUGCUAACUACUUCAACGAUGCUCCGAUCUUCAAGAUUCCCGGGCGUAGAUUUCCAGUGGAUAUCUGCUACACCAAGCACCCUGAAGCUAACUAUAUUCAAGCAGCAAUUACCACCGUUUUCCAAAUUCAUAUGAAGCAGGAAACUCCUGGGGACAUUUUAGUGUUCUUGACAGGUCAAGACGAAAUUGAAACAAUGGCAGAGACGUUGAACGAGGCAUGUGAGAAUCUCGGUGAUCUGAUUAAGCGUCUCAUAGUUGCACCCAUUUACGCCAAUAUGCCUCCAGCAAUGCAAGCCAGGAUAUUUGAGCCUACUCCUCCAGACUCGAGAAAAGUUGUCUUGGCCACCAAUAUCGCGGAAACAUCCAUCACAAUCGAUGGAAUCAAAUAUGUCGUUGAUCCAGGAUACGUUAAGGAGAAUGUGUUUAAUCCAACCACGGGUAUGGAGAGUCUUGUGGUUGUUCCAUGCUCUAGAGCUUCUGCAGAUCAAAGAGCUGGUAGAGCAGGAAGAGUUGGUCCAGGAAAGUGUUACAGACUUUUUACCAAGUGGUCUUUCUACAAUGAGUUAAUGGCCAACCCAACACCGGAAAUCUUGCGUGUGAACUUGGGAACGGUGGUGCUUCUUCUUUUGUCCAUGGGAAUCACGGAUUUGGUUCACUUCGACUUCAUGGAUCCUCCCAGUACGCAAACACUCAUGAAGUCAUUGGAACUUCUUUACUCUUUGGGUGCUCUUAAUGUUCAAGGGCAGCUCACGGAAACAGGUCGUAAAAUGGCUGAGUUUCCCAUGGAUCCAAUGUUUUGCAAGUGUUUAUUAACUAGCUCUCAAUAUGGGGUCACCUAUGAAAUCUUGUCGAUUUUGGCCAUGUUGUCAGAAUCCUCUAAUUUAUUCUAUCGACCCAAGGACAAGAAAGAACAAGCCGAUAAGAGAAAAUUGAGUUUCGCCCACGAAUUGGGAGACCAUUUGACGCUUCUCAAUAUCUGGAAGCAAUGGGCUGAAACUGGAUUUUCCAACAUUUGGUGUGAGGAUAAUUUUCUUCAGUAUAGAACAUUGAAGAGGAUCAAAGAAGUACGUGCCCAGCUCGAACAAUUGUGCCAAAAGGUGGGACUUCAGGUGGAAAAGACCGGAGACGAUAACCAGAAGCUUGUAAAAAUUCAAAAAUCGUUAUUCAGUGGGUUUUUUCCAAAUGUUGCGAAGCUAUCAAAACUAGGUUCCAGUUACGUUCUGAUCAAAAGAAAUCAGCCAGUGCACAUUCACCCAUCGUCGGGUUUAUUCCCGGUGAAACCUCCUCCGAAAUUUGUCAUGUACCACGAACUUGUCUUGACCAGCAAGGAAUACAUGAGAAAUUGCAUGGUCAUAGAUGAAAAAUGGUUGUCAGAGUUGGCCAAUCAUUACUACAAAAGCUACAAUGAGAAAUAA